AUGAGCCCGUAUCCACCCAGCCAGCCUACUCCUGGUAGUCUGCCACAGGUAUCGCCGCCGGUUUCAAACGGUCGUCAUGACAAUCAGCAAUAUAUCGUGAACAGUGGAUACAGUGCAGGACUGUUCAACAUUCUCAAUGUCUGCAACGAAGGCAGUAUUAACAACCAAGCUGGUGAAGCUCCAAGGAAACGUGCCCGUACCGACAACCAAUUGCUGGAUCCCCCAAAGUUCCUUCCAGCUUUCCCGAACGUCGGGCAAGCACCGGUGGCUGCUAGUCCUAUCGAUUGCACCUAUCAGGAUGAAAAUUUCUCACAACAGGUGAUAAAGUUCUCAGCGUUCCAAGAAGAGUCAUGGAACCCACUCUAUGAUAUCAACCACCAACAACUGACGAAGCUUAAAAUCUGCGUCGUAGCCGACAAAGGAUUCAAUUACUCUAAUUCGGAUGGUUGUUUUGUUAACCAGAAGAAGAAUCAUUUCCAGAUCUCAGUGAACAUUGAGGCGAACGAUGAGAAUCCGCCCAAAUUCGUCAAAGUGAACGGCGUAAUGCAUCCGAUAAAAGCCAUCAAACUGGCCUUCUGUGGUGUCAAGGCUGAGAUGCUGUCUUCUGAAAUUCAAAUCAAACAAUCCCAAACCGAUCGUAAACCAAUACCCCACGAUCCUGUCAUACUCAACAUCCAUGCUCGUGAAAUCACAAAAGUGACCGUGCCAAGGCUUCAUUUCUCCGAAACAACUUUGAACAACCAAAGGAAGAACAAUCGACCGAAUCCCGACCAGAAGUACUUCCUGCUUGUCGUGAGGCUGCUAGCAUGCACCGACGAAGGCGUGGCUCUCAUUCAAGCUCAACAAUCAGAGAAAGUUAUUGUUCGAGCCACCAAUCCUGGUUCAUUCGAGCCACCGGAGAGCGAUGUACAAUGGUACCGCAAUGGUGGGACCCUAGUUUCUCAUGGUCCAGUAGCAAUCGGUACUGAUCGCACCGCUGCAAAGCUUACUGUUGAUGGUGAUAUCUACAUCACUGGCCAGAUGACUCGUCCGUCCGACAUUCGCUUGAAAGAAGAUAUCGUCGAGAAGACAUCACGCGAUGCGCUUGAACAUCUACAACAACUGCGUAUUGUCGAUUUCCGUUACAAGCCUGAAAUCGCCGAGUUGUGGGGUCUGAGUGAAGAACAGCGCAGGCGAACUGGCCUCAUCGCUCAAGAGCUGCAAGCUGUUAUCCCUGAUGCGGUUCGAGACAUUGGUACGCACUUGACUGUUGAUGAAUCGCGCAUCUUUUACGAGACUGUGCUCGCAAUGCAGGAGCUGUGCAGGCUUACUGGAGACCUUGACACAAAAAUCGACGAUAAGGUUGAAGAAAUAAGCCAACGUCUUGCGCGAUACGCUCGAAGGAAAAAGUUGAUCGGCUCAAUUGCUUCUAAUCUAAGUGAGCAGUCGUCUGGCAUUGUCAGUGACAACAAGAGUUUCUUGUCCUACUCAAGAACAUCGUUAGCAUCCACUGCUCCGUCGGUGACUAAAGAGGGACGUGAGAAACGAAAGAAUCGCGCCUGCCGUUCCCAAUGUCAUCGUCAGGAACCGCUCUGCAAUUCGAAAUUAACUCAAGGAACGAUCAUCACUCUGGUGGUCGUCAUGGCUGCUUGUCUGAUCGCAAUGUCGGCUCUAUACGUUUUGGAUUGGCAUAGUCGCAAUUACGGAUAUCAUCACCUCUACCCACUGAACGCCACACCGCCCUCGAAACCUGGAGGAUCAACUGAGGGCGUCGGACACAUGAUAUAUCAGAUCGAUCAUCCAUAUCUUCCAAUGCUUCAACCAGAUGCACCACCGUUAAUGGCCGUAUGCCAAUCGAAUCACUGUCAUACCUACUGUUGUGGUGGUGGCGCCAGAUAUCACACUGGAAAUCAGAUGGAAGGAACCGUAACGUUGGGCCAACACACCAAGAACAUGAUAGCCCGUAGUGCGCCCGAUAUUUCCCUCGGGAAGCCGCUUGGUAGAGGCGUACGCAUCAUGAUUCCUAGCUUGAACGUCACCAUUGACAACCGCUAUUGUAUCGAGCAAAGCUGUAACAGCAAACGUGGUCGCUUCAACAUGUACAUUCCAGUAUCACCAUACAUGCCGUCUAUUCCAUUGGAAAUCACCUUUUCGGUUCCAAAAGGAAAACUCGUAAACAACUGUGGAUAUCUGGCCGACUUCCAACACAAAUAUUGUGCAUUUAACAGUGACAAUUUCAAGGCGGAACGUCUAAGGAAUCCUAUGGCUAAUCAGAUCACCGACGACACCUUCGAACUGUCGAUUGGCAGUUAUUUGCAGUCCGCCUAUCGUUUCCGUGUAGGAUUCACGACUGAGUCAUGCUUCUCUAGUGAAGACCAUCUUCAUGGAGGUUUUGAGGAGUAUAAUCUCAUCUUUUAUCGUACUUGCGCGCCUCCUUCUAGUGCAACCGGUGCGCCAUCAGUUUGA